AUGAAGUUCUCCCUAUUCGGCGUGCUCGGUCUUCUCACCGCGGCCACUGCCGUCAAGGUGAAUCCACUUCCCGCUCCCCGCAACAUCACUUGGGGAUCCAGUGGACCCAUUGCCGUGAAACAACUCUCCCUGCACAGCUCGAGCAAUGUUGUCUCCCACGAUGACCUCAACAGUGCCUGGGAGCGCGCCUGGUCCGCCAUCACUACUCUCCAUUGGGUCCCUGCCGCGACAGAGGCACCCAUUCCUCACUUCGACCCCUUUCCGACCCCGUCGCCGAACGCGAAACGCGAUGCCUCCUCCGCAAUUCACUCGGUACACCUCUCGGUCGCCCACGGCGAUGCUGAUCUGCAGCAUGGCGUCGACGAGUCAUACACAUUGGAAGUGACAAAGACAUCUGGUCGUGUUAAUAUCAAGGCCAAGACUGUCUGGGGCGCGAUGCACGCGUUCACGACCUUGCAACAGUUGAUCAUCUCCGACGGCCACGGCGGUUUGAUCCUAGAGCAGCCGGUGAAGAUCACGGAUGCACCACUCUACCCGUACCGUGGUAUCAUGUUAGACAGUGGUCGCAACUUCAUCUCCCUCCCCAAGAUCUUGGAGCAGAUCGAUGGCAUGGCCCUGUCCAAGCUCAACGUGCUGCACUGGCACAUCGAUGACGCCCAGUCAUGGCCAAUUCAAAUGCAUACCUAUCCCGAGAUGGUGAAGGACGCCUACUCGCCUCGCGAAGUCUACACUGCAGCCGAUAUCCGGCACGUUAUUGCCUAUGCCCGCGCCCGUGCGGUCCGUGUCAUACCCGAAGUCGAUAUGCCCGGUCACUCCUCAUCUGGCUGGAAGCAGGUGGACCCGGAGAUCGUGGCCUGCGCUAACUCAUGGUGGUCGAACGACAACUGGCCGCUUCACACGGCCGUUGAGCCAAACCCGGGUCAACUGGAUAUCAUCUACAAUAAGACCUACGAUGUUGUGCGCAAUGUGUACAACGAGCUGUCCGGCAUCUUUACCGACAACUGGUUCCACGUUGGCGCGGACGAGCUUCAGCCCGGCUGUUACAACUUCAGCACACACGUCACAGAGUGGUUCGCCGAAGACCCGUCACGUACAUACAACGACCUGGCCCAGUACUGGGUUGACAAGGCCAUCCCAAUCUUCCGCGAUGCAGGCAAACACCGCCGCAUCAUGAUGUGGGAAGAUAUCUUCCUCUCGGCCGAAGCCGCCCACGACGUCCCCAAGGACAUCGUCUUACAGAGCUGGAACAACGGCCUAGGCAACAUCGACAACCUCACAGCCCACGGCUACGACGUCGUCGUCUCUUCGUCCGACUUCCUAUAUCUCGACUGCGGCAAGGGCGGCUUCGUCACGAACGACCCCCGCUACGACGUGAUGUCGAACCCAGACGCCAACACCCCGAACUUCAACUACCAAGGACCCGGCGGCUCCUGGUGCGCCCCUUACAAGACCUGGCAACGUAUCUACGACUACGACUUCACGGCCAACCUCACCGACGCCCAAGCAAAGCACGUCCUCGGCGCCGAAGCCCCCCCUCUGGUCGACGACGUAACCAUCUCGAGCUCUUUCUGGCCGCGCGCCUCGGCACUCGGUGAGCUUGUUUGGUCUGGAAACCGAAAUGCGGCGGGUGAGAAGCGCACGACUGAGCUCACGCAGCGUCUGCUGAAUUUCCGGGAGUACCUCGUUGCGAACGGCGUUAUGGCUACUGCGCUUGUGCCGAAGUAUUGUCUCCAGCACCCGCAUGCUUGUGACUUUUACUACAACCAGACUGCUAUCGUUUGA